UGGAACAAAUUUUAUAUAUGCCAUUGAACCCACGAGUCACGACCAAUUCCAAAGUUUCAAACUUUUUUGAUCUCUGAAAUCUUGACUAAAAAUUUGCUAAAAAAAAUAAAAAAAUCAAAUCUUGGUAAAAGAUGCAUGAUUUCUGCUUUACGAUCCCUUAUGGGUUAAUUCUGGUGACUGGUGGUGUCAUGGGAUAUGCCAGUAAAGGAAGCACAGCUUCACUUGCUGGAGGUGUUGGUACUGGAUUUGCUCUGAUCUUAGCGGGUUACUUGAGUCUGCAAGCAUUUCACAAACGCAAAAAUUCAUACUUUGCCUUGAUUCUUGAAACUGCUUGUGCAGCCAUGUUAACAUGGGUUAUGGGGCAGCGGUACAUGCAAACUUCAAAACUAAUGCCGGCUGGUGCUGUUGCUGGUAUCAGUGCACUCAUGACUGGGUUUUACCUGUACAAAAUUGCCACAAGAGGAAACCAUUUUCCACUUAAAACUGAGUAAUACCAUAUUAUUUAUUUUGGGGUUCCAAUUUCAUACUGUAUGUAUCAAGCUAAAAAUGUAUUCUUAUUUUAUACUCAAUUUUAUAGAAUUCAAUGGAUCAACUCUUAUUUUGAUGUUUGUUAUCACUAGUAAACAUUUACAACUUCUCA